AUGGGAUUUCAUUAUUCAGAGCUGAUAAUGUAAAUUCAAUAUAGGCAUCUGCUUUAUGCAUAUCUGGGGUAUUCUACGUUUAAAGCAAUAAGAGUUCCUCCGAAUGAAGCUACUGAGAAAUCAGAACACAAGAAAAAGAAGCUUUUAAUGAAAUGGGUUUCCUGCACAAUUCUUUUAUACUUCCAAGGAGCUUUAGAUUAUUUUGUGUCAUGAGUCCCUACUUAUUAUUUCUGGAAAACUAUUUUAAUUUCGCUUAUUUUGGUAGAAAACAGCUUGGCUGUCAAGCUGCUCCAAAAUUUCGAAAAUCAUAUACAGGAAGUUGAAAAUUAUAUAGACAGUGCACAAAAUUCAGUAUUCUAAAUUAAAAAAAAUAAUUAAAUUAUUUUUUAUAUAGUAAUUGGCCUAUUUAUUUUAUAGAGAAUAUAUAGACGCUUAUCUUUUCUUACUUUUCCUUUCUUUAAAGCUACCUUAAAAACUUUGAAAUUUGUCAUACAAGGAGCAUCUUCAGACCAGCUUAAAGAAUUAGAAAUUCUAAUUAAAUUGUACAAAACACCGACUCAAAAGGCAGAAGAUGAGGAAAAAUUUGACAAAACUGAGCUGAGAAAGUACCAAACUUUCAGAAAGGUAGAUGAGGACGAAAAAUUUGACAAAAAUGAGCUUAAAAAGUACCAGACUAAUAGAAAAGUAGAAGAGGAAGAAAAAUUUGACAAAACUGAGCUGAAAAAAUACCAAACUUUACCUUCACCAGCUAAAAAAAUUGCUCCACCUGCCAAAACUCCUUGGAAAGCCAAUGUGCAUUUUAUGCUCAAAAAAGGAAUGUCCUCAUAUUUUCCACAUACUAUUUGGUUUGACGUAAAAAAUAAACUUUUGCAUUGGAAAGCUGAAGGUGACGACCAGACUUUUAAUGAUACUUUUAUAGGGGUCAAGGUAAAAGAUGAAAAAAAAUAUUUAUUAGAAAUAAAAUUAGCAACUUCAACGAAAAUAGUCAAGUUUGUGGAUCUGAAAAAUAUGAAUAACUGGGAAGGAUUCUUGCAAGGGCAGGCUUAA